AUGGGAAGCGAUACCGAAGCAGAGAAGUCGAUUCAGAAGGAGAAGAAGAAGGUUGUGUCUCUUGCGCCUAUCGCCAAACCUCUCGCCGGUAAAAAGCUCCAGAAGAGAACAUUCAAACUCAUUCAAAAAGCUGCUGGACAGAAAUGCUUGAAGAGAGGAGUGAAGGAAGUGGUAAAGAGCAUUAGACGUGGCCAAAAAGGAAUAUGCGUUAUUGCUGGAAACAUAUCUCCCAUUGAUGUGAUUACACAUCUUCCAAUCUUGUGUGAGGAGGCUGGUGUUCCUUACGUAUACGUUCCAUCCAAAGAAGAUCUUGCGCAAGCUGGGUCUACAAAGAGACCUACUUGUUGUGUGUUGGUGAUGCUUAAACCAGCAAAAGGAGAGUUGAGUGCAGACGAUCUUCAAAAGUUAAAGACGGACUACGAACAAGUCGCUGACGAUGUUAAAGAGCUUUCAUCUUCUGUAGUCUGA